AUGGACACCCUACCUGACGUCGAAUCAGCCUUUCUAAUUUACAAUUUUGAAAACAGUCCAAUUCGAAAUGCAGAAAAAUCGAACAUUAUAAAGCAGUUUAACAAUAAAAUUAAGCGACAUGAAAAGGUCCUACUAAAUAGCCACUACAAACAUGUGAAUAAUUUUUCCUACUCUACAGAUAUAUUUCACAAUUUUUAUAAAAUAACAGAAUAUUAUCUUUUAAAAUAUGUUAACAGUAUCAUUAUUGAUUCUACCCUAUUUUUUAAGUGUGUUCACCAAGUAAAAAAUGGCUCCUCUUAUUUGGCUCAAAAUGAUGAGGAAAAAUUACAAGAGCGUUUUUGUCUAAAUGAGCAAGCUGAGGAGGGGACCAAAUUGUUGGGGAAUUCAGAAACGAAAAAUGAAGAUCCAGCCGACUUUACCUUCGAUUGUGUACUUCUGCGCAACUUUGUAGAAAAUUUCAAAAGGGUGAACAGUUCAAGUGUGCGAGUUUCCAAAACCAGUGGAAAGGAAAACAGAAGAGGAUCGUCGCACAAGAAAUAUGUUAGUAAAGAUGCAAACGGGGGAAGUACCACAAACAAUGCAGAAGCCAACCCAAGAGGAGGCAAAGAGGAACCUCAAAACUACCCUUUUAGAAAAUCCUUCCUGUAUGAACUGUGUGAAGUGUACAGCCACUCCCAUAACAAGAAAAAGAGAAUGAUAUGUAUUACAAAAAUAUUCCGCAAAAUUGUUAGCAGGAAGCAAAUUAGACAAUUUAUAUGCGAAAAUGACAAGAGGAAAAAAAAAAAUUACCUACGAUUUUUUCUGAAUUUAUCAUUGGGCAUUUUUAUAUACCUCUACAUGCACAAAUAUAUCAAAAAGAACUACAGAAAUGUGGAAUUUUUUAUAUUUUUGAAUAGCCCACAAAAUUUUCAAGAUAUAUAUGUCAACAUGGUACCCCAAAUGGAAAAGCAACAAAUUUGUAGCUUCAUCAAGUUUGUAAAGUUGCUAAACAUCCGGAUGUUUCGAUACCUCUACAUAACGUUUUUUGUGAAUAUAUACAAGUACGUUAACUUAAUAUAUAACGUCACGCUUUUGACGCUUUACAGCUAUUUUAAAUACUUAAAUGAGUGCAUAAAUGGUGGAAAGGAGUUAUUCUCACUGGAAAGGCAAGAACAAAUAGAGGAGGGAAACCACCUGACGGAAGUCCCCACACACAUACGCGCCAGUCACACAGCAUUGGAAGGAACAAGUAGCAGGAGGGAAAAAAGAGAACCGAGUGAAAUCGUAACAAAUGAGGAUAGCCAGGGUUUAUCACUUGGGAGAACCAUGCAAAACUACGGAAGCGGUUUGAAAGAAAGCGUAGACACAAAAAGCACUGCACCAAAUAUAUAUCAAAACUAUGAAAGGGUGAAUAGCGAAAUAGGUGAAAAAAAUACAAACGAACUGAAUAACAAAAGAGAAGCGGAAGAUACGUCAACUUGGAAUGGAAGACAAUACGACAACCCGGGCCCCGCUAACUACAGCGAAAAACAUACGCACGAAAUAAUCCUCAGCUGUUAUAUUUACCUUUUCAUAUUUUACCACUACAUAAGGGAAACCAGAAAAAAGAUGAAAUAUGAAAUUCUAAGAAUACAAAAUGAUGUUAAAAAAAUGAUUGCCUUAUUUCUUAAAAUAUAUGGCAUAAAUAAGAAAGGCAGUGAUGAUGAAAACAGGACGACGGGUGAGUGCAAGAAAGACGGGACAAUAGAUUUGCGGAGAAGUCUAACGAGUAGCGCGAAUACCACCCAACCUACUGUAGAUUCUGUUCAUUCCUUAUAUUUUAACUUCAUACAGAUGAGCAAAUGCUACAGAAGGUGCGUAAAGACGAAUUAUGAAUUGAUUAAAUCGGUUCACACGUUCCAUUUAUUAUUAAAACACUUUUACAAAUACUUCCCCAUUUUAAAUGUAAAAAAGGAUAAGUGCAUGAUAUAUAAUUAUUGGAACAAGCAUUUUAUACAUUACGCCAAAAGAGUUGAAAAAAAUGGACAAGUUGAAAAUGUAUUUUGUACGGAAGAAAAAAAUAGACAGAAAGGAAAUGGGAACCCCCCUUUGGACGUCUUUAAAAAUGUGAAUGAUUACGAGAUGGAUUUUUUUUACUUUCAUGAAAGGAAAAAGGAAGAAGAGGAAAUCAUCAUAGAUUUAGUGCAGAAGAGGGAAGAGGAAAAUCUGGACCAUUUAUUUGGAGCUGGUAAAGGAGACAAAGUUUCGUCUCCACAAUUUUCGCAGAUCGGUGAGGAGGCGCAGCCCCUAUACGAGAGCGAAGGCAAAAAUGAGCAAAAGGAUGAGCAGAAAGUUGAGCAGAAAGAUGAGCAGAAAGAUGAGCAGAAAGGUGAGCAGAAAGGUGAGCAAAAGGAUGAGCAGAAAAAUGAGGAGGAAAACGAUGAGGCAGACGAUAUGGAACCAUUGAAGAGGUUGUUCCUAAACUGCGUUAACAAUGGCCUAGAUGCUCUUCUUCUCAACGCUGGUACAGAAUUGGGGGGCACUGCGGGGAAAAUGGAACGAGACGGAUAUGCCUCAAUGGAGCACAUCCCAGACAGUGGCAAUAUUUUCCCUCCGGACGAUUCUCACAACGGUGCCAAUUUUUCUAGCCUAAGAAAGAGCCCCAUAUUGCAGCUUCUAAGAAGUAAUAUAAAAAUUUACCGAAAAAUAGAUACCAUGAUGGAAACCUUCUCUAGCAACAAAUUGGAAGGAACAAUAAAAAAUUGCCUGCAUGAUCUGAACAAAUAUAACAAGAGCGCUCUGGACAUUUACGACGAUUGCAUUUUCGACAUUCAAUACAAAAUUGAAAAAGAGCCCACUUUGGAAAGUGAAGAGUUAAGAAGAAACAAAAAGCUAUUACAAGUCAAAAUAUUCUUAGACUAUGAAAAACUGUAUACGAAAAAAACAGUUGAGACGCAAACACCUGUUUCUUUUUUUAGAAAAGAAAAGGUUAUUCAAAUUCCAAAGGAUGAAGGAGUUUCCACAACAUCGGAACAAUACAUACAGGCGAAAAGGGUGGCGAAUCCUAUUUUUUAUUUGAAAGAUAUAUAUGAUUAA